GUGAAGUUUAGGUUCUGCAAUCUUUACUACCCCCACUACUCAAUAGUGUAUCUUGCAGAUUGUGAAACAAUUGACUUUUCGAUUGCCUGCCAGUGGAUCUCAUAAGAGGGACUGAGAUGAAGGUUUAUUAGGUUGUUUAAUUAGGUUUCUGGGGUCAAGUCCAUUAUCAGAAUUCCUGUGAAGGGUUCCAAAGGGAGGAGCUGCAUUCAUCUGUAGCUAUAAGACGCUGCAAGCAAAUUCUGUUCCCUUUAGGCUUUGAGUUUUAAAAUCUGACAACUAACUCCUCCCUUACCACUGUGUGGAAUCAGUUUUGCCUCUAAACAAGGCUGUAGAGCAGGACAGCAAAACCAACCUCUGGAGGCUCCUAAAGAUGGAAGAAAAAGAAAGCCCUCCUUGGUAAAACUAAGCUAAUGAUAUGAACAGAUGAGCCAACUGCAGAGUCCUCUCAGAAACAGCUCCUUCCACAACAAGGAGUUCUGGAUGAUAGAUGAUAGAAGAAACAUAGAUGGCAGAAACGUCAUCCUUGUCCUACGAUGCAGGACAUGGCAGUAGGUUGGAGGACUCCCAUGUUGACCUGCUCCUGCCAUCCAACAAGUGAAGGUCAGGAGGAAGAAAGUAGUACUGGAAGCAGUGGAAUCCACCCAUCUUCUGGAAGGAAGGGAGUUGGCACUCUGGCACUCCUUGAAGGUGAAGAGCUGUCUUCUUGUUCAUCUGGCCAACCUGUGUUCCUGGCCAGUUGGUCCAAUCUGCAACAGGGCACAGCAGAACCUGCAGAAACAUGUUUCCAAAAGAAGAGGAUGGCAUCAGGUAAUCCCAGGGAACUGGAUCCAGGAAGUCAGCCUGCACAGAUAGGAGAGGGCACUCUGGAAACUGAGUCCGUGUCACUGGCAGUAGGGGAAGGGUUCCCAAAUGAGAUUUCCCUCUCGUUUUAUGUCAAGAGUCGCUCUGGACAGGGCCUCAAUCCUCAGCUACACGAGGCCGCAAGAAAGAAGCUGUGGGCCCUGGAAAAUGACGAUAAAGACGUCUGUGCUCUGUUCAAGGAGCUGUCAGCCAGGUUGGUGUGCAUCCAGGCCCAGGAGGAUCGCUUUCUGCUCUCCUUUAAGACUGUAGAAGAAAUCUGGAAGUUUUCAACAUACUUAGCACUUGGCUAUGUGGGUUGCUGUUUGGAGCACCUUCUCUUUACCCCAGAGUACUGGCUGAACUGUGCUCUGGUGGAGGACACAGAAAUCAGAGUCACUAUAGAUGAAGAUCUCAUGGCCACCAUGUACCUGGGUCUUCUGCUGCAGGAAGGAAACUUCUUUGCUAGGGCAGUGUUGAAUGUGCUGGCAGAGGAAGAAGGGGAGGAUUUGAAGCUCUAUGAGAAUGAGCUCGUUCAUGUGAAAGACAUCGGGCAUGAAGCAAAAUGGGAAGGGACAUCUCUGUUGACUGAUCAGAGGGGCCUGGUCCCUGUGACAACCAUAGAACCAUUGCCCCAUCCCUUCUACCAGUGGUUUUUGAAGAACUAUCCAAUGAGCUGUGGCAUCUCCAAACAAAUCAGUGGAGCUGACUCUUUGCAGACCGGCCAAGGCAAAUACACAGUCACAGAGGAUCACAGAGGGAACGGCUGGGAUGAGCUGAGCUUCUGCAAAGGAGACAUCCUAGAGGUCAUUGGCUUUCUCAUUCCAGGCCUUCCAUGGUUUAUAGGGAAAUCCACCACCAGCGGGUCAAUAGGCUUUGUCCAAACCAAAUAUGUGCAUCCUGAGACUUAUGAACCAACGAGAAAGAGCCCAAUAUUUUUCAGUGAAGAGGAAGUUGUCUCUGUUCUCCAGGUGCCAUGCAAUGGCAGUGAGGAGCAUUACAGCAAACUUCUCAGUGAAUGGGCACAGACAGACAUCACCUCCGUGUACAGGCUGGAUGGCUUUGAACCUGUGGCAAUGUAUCCACGAAUGCCAUCAGAUGCAGUUGUACAGGGACUUAAGGAUGGCUGGAUGUUUGAGAAUUGGGGGAAGCAGUCUAGUAGUAGUUUGCUCACUCCCAGUGAUUCUGAACAGUCUAGUCCAGUGGGUGAAUCUUCACCUUCUACCCUGGAGCAAUUACUUCUGCCAGAACCAGAUGACCUUGAUGACCCCAAGUUCUUCGUGGACCUGAAUGCUCAGGACAUGGAAGAUGCUGAUGUGUUUGAUCCUAUAUUGACUUUCCUCAAUCAAGAUGGCUAUGUGGCCCAUUUCCAGAGUCUCUAUGACCUCUCUUUUUCCUUCCUCAGUUCCACCUUCUAUGGUUUCUCCAGUGAGGAAGAUCUAGUCCUAUACCUGGAAACAUCCAGGAACUGGGCCAAGAGAGGUCAUCUUGCUUGGGCUCACAUCCGGAUAUGCUUUCUUUUGGGACGUCUCUGCGUCAAGAAGGCCAAGUUCUCCCAAGCUCGGGUCUAUUUUGAGGAAGCCAUGAGCACGAUGGACAGGGGAUUUGAGGACAUGCCUCUCCUCAUCUCACUGCACACAAACCUUGCUGCCAUAUACUUGAAGCAGAAAAUGAAGCAGAAGUUCUUAUUGGUGAUUGGGAAAGUCACAGCGCUUCUGGCCUGCCUGCCAGGGCACUGCUUCAGUUCUGAGAAUGAGCUGGAGGUCAUGAUGUACAUCCUGAGAGAAGCCAUCGCUGUUGGCAACACUGCCUUAGAAGCUCGGGCCUGCUUCCUCGUUGUCAGGCUCUUCUUGCAGCUGGGCCAGUAUGAAGAGGUCCUGCCUUUCGCAGAGCACUUGCAGUUCCUGUGCAUCUGUUUAUCCAGCCAGAACUCUGGUCCACCUGCCUUUGAUACAAUGCCAAUCCUCACCUACCUGUAUGACAAGAAGUACUUGCCACACAUUGCGCUGGCAUCUGCCAGGCUGUUCUCCCCCAGCAGUGGAAAGGGAGGGCUGACUCCCAUCUGGAGGGCAGGAUUCAUUCUUGCAAAUGCCUCUAAGCUCCUGAACAUCCAAGAAAGCAGCAGCAGCAGCGUCCCUGCUGUGUCGUGCCUUUAUCUGAACUGUGCCUUGGCCUUCUCCUGUGAAAGUGGAGCUGUGUCCACUGAACGAGCCCUGUGUGCAGUUUUAUCCAAAAUGUACCUCCAGCAUGGCAUGUUGCAGGGAGCUGUGCAUUAUACCAACAGGGCUAUUGCCCUUGGGAGAGUCAUGGGGGAGGAGGAAGCUUUUGAAUCCUCCCUUUCCUUGGGCUGGAUAUAUGCUCUGAACUGUCAACCAGAUAAAGCUUCAGAGAUCAUGCUGUGCCUCUUGCAUUCUCUGCGGCAGACGGACAGUGUUACGCAGGACGGAGUUGUUCACAACCUUUUGGCCAUAGCCCUUAAAGGAGAAGGGCAGGUGCUAAAGGCAGCAGAGAACUACUUGUGGGCCUUGAAUAAAGCCCGUGAGACAGGCAACAGGCGGAACCAAGCCAUUGCCUUAUCCAACUUUGGAUGCCUGGCUGUCUCUUGUGGGGCAAACCUCCUAGCAGAGCACUACUUUCUCCAGGCCGUUAGGUUGUAUUUUGAGCUCCAGGGCAGUGAUGACACCCAAAUGGAGCUGGUGCAGAUUCUGCUGUGGCUGGCCCAAUCUCAGGUGGAGAGGCACAAGACGGAAGAGAGCAAGGUGUUUUAUGAGCUGGCCUUGGCAGUUGCCCUGAAGACACACAGUGUCCUGGGUCAGCUCCAUGUCACUGAGUCCCUCUGCCAUUUCCAUAGCAAAGUGUGUCCGAAUACUGGAGCCUGCAUUAUCUACCAUGAGCACCAGGUUCGCUUAGUUCAGCAGCUCCAGGACCGAGCAAUGGAAGGACAAGUUCUGCAGGUCCUCAGCCAGCUCUACCAGAGUUUACACACAGCCAGAUCUCUGAAACAGGCUUUAGACUGCACCAAGCAGAGCCUGAGGAUCUUCAUUGACCUGGAAGAAACAGUCAGAACAUCACAGGCCUGGCUACAGGCUGGGCGGCUCUACUAUCAAAUGCAAGAGGAUGAACUCGUGGACAUGUAUUUGCAGGCAGCCAUACAGACUGCACUAAAACCUGAAGAGCUGCACCUGGCCAUGGAACUGUAUGAAGAGGCUGGUGAUGUCUUCUUCAAUGGGAUCCGGAACAGACAAAGGGCAGUGGAAUAUUACAGGGGAGGAGCGGUCCCUCUGGCUAGGAAGCUGAAGACAGUGCGGACUGAGCUGAGGAUAUUUAACAAGCUGACGGAGCUGCAGAUUGGACUGCGGAACUAUGAGAAUGCGCUGGAAUGUGCUACCAUGGCCGUCAGGCUCAGUGUGGAUGUAGGAGAUCAGUGGCAAGAAGUGGUAGCCUUUCACCGACUAGCAACAGUGUAUUAUUUUCUGCAAAUGUAUGAGAUGGCAGAGGACUGCUAUCUGAGGACACUCUCGCUGCGCUCACCAUUGCUGCAAGGUGCUCAGGAAGCCUUGUAUUAUUCCAAGGUUUACUGCCGUUUGGGAGAUCUGACUCUGAACAAAUUAAAGGAUGAACAAGAUGCAGCCAGCUACUUCCUCUUGGCCUUGGCUGCCACUACUGAGCUUCAUGAUCAGACUUGGCAGGACAAGAUUCAGGCCAGGUUGGCUCAAGUAAACAGCACUUCCCAGACAGAUAAAAGCCCCAAAGGCUGGACCAGCUAUCGAGCCCGAUGGCUGAGCGAACGAAGACAAGCUGUGUGAUUCACCACCCUGUGGCUCAGAAGCAGCAAAGUGAAUCCUCUUACCUCAUUGUCGAAGUACUUCCAGGUGCUGCCUUGACCCAAAAUGAAGGGAAGAAAGAGACUCCAGUGCUCAGUCUCCCACAUUUUUUUAAAUUUAAUGAUGGGAAUAUAAUUUUAUUUUAGCAGCAACAGCAAUGCUUGUGGAAAAAAAGAUCCAUUCACACCUAAAGAUCUCAUUAAUUAGAUGCACCUAAACUGUGACAAAGUAUAAAUUUAAAAAACAAGGCAGGAUGUAAGCAAGAAUGCCCCUCCUGUAAUGUGUGUUGGUUGGACUUGGAAGUAUCUGGAGCCGAUCUCUUAAAAGACGCACAGGAGGAGGUUGCACUUGUAUUCAGCAUCAGUGACAAAAUGGCAAGUGCACUUUCACAUUCCCCGGGAGCUCCGCUGUGCAGAAGGUGCUUGAGAGUGAAAACAUAUCACUUGCAGGGAGUGCAACUCCUUGCAUGUGCAUGUUUACACGGUCAGUUAUCUGCUCACAUUCAUUUCUUUUUUCAGUGUUUUUCCUCAUGCAAAUGAGCUGCAUUAGGACCACAGAAGCACGCACAGCAAAAGGCAGAAUGUAAGUCAGCAACAAGCAUGCACUAAAUAUGGCUUUAAAGAGUGUCCACACUGUUCUUCAGAGUGCCUGGAGUUGCCAAGUGUCCAGUGGCCUCUGGGCUAUAAGAAGAAAGCUCCUGUGUAUGCAGAUCAUUUGAGGUAUAGGCUGAAUGCCAUGGAGGCCGCAGCAGAAACAGAAGGGCAGCAAGUGUAAUCAAGGAAUUGGAAACUUAACUCAUACAAGGAAAGAUGGAAGGAACGGGGUAUGUUUAGCCUUGUGAAGAGAACACUGAGGUGCAAUAUGCUAGCAUCUUUCAAGUAACUUUAAGGGCCGUCAGGCAGAAGAGGGCUGCAACCUGAUCUUUAUCAUCAGAUGAGGAAUUCAGAUGCCAAAUAAUGGACUUGUGUUGCAGGAAGGCAGGUUUCACUGAAUCUCAGGAAAAAUGUCCUAAGGAUCAGAGCAGUCAGGAAGUGGAGCCAACUGUUUAGAGAAGUGCUCAUUUGUGUUACCAGAUGCAUCCACAUAGAGUCAGGACAGUGGUCAGGAAUACUUGGAUUGGAACAAGGGCUGUUGGGCAAAGUGGGUCCUUCCAGCCCUGUGAUUCUGCUCUGUGCUGCUCCAUGAUCUGCAGCCUGCGGUCCUCUUUCCUGCCCCCAAGGAGUAGCCGCGUUCCCUGCUCUUUCUCCCUGGAUGCUCCUCCAGCCCCUUCCAUUGAGGCUCAGGGAAGACCUCCCCCACUAAUGCCGUGCUCGCAGCUCUGCCACAUGUGUUUUUGGCUGGGCAUGCAGCAUUGUCCCGCUCAGCUUCUCUCAUGCCAAGUGGUGCUUGUUUGUUUUCAAGCAGUUCUACACAGUCAUCUGAACUAGAAAUGUGGUUUCCUUCAGAAGCAAAAUGAAAGCUGAGGUUCUCAGGAUGCCUAAUGUUGAGCCUACUUUUAAACUGACACUUUUAGAGUUAGAGGCUACUCUUUUGUAGCAAUCCUGAAGCCACAGAAAAUGCCUUCCAUUCUGGACCUUCUGUGUUCUGAGUGACAAAUCAAGGCUAGAUGUCCUGGAGCCUCUGUUCAUACAUCCAGGAUCUAGCCAGGCUUGGAAAUAGGUUGAUGAAGAUGUUUGAUGCAGUGUGGCUGGAUUGCAUUUCACAAUUCUUUUUAAGCACUAAACACCUUCAGUAGGGAAAUAUAUCUAGACUCUGUACAGGGGACAGGAUGUGUCUGUGAAUCUUGUUUCAUGUUCUUAAAAGCAUCCCAUCUUUGUGCUUCUUCAGAAACAUUCCAGGGGAGCUUUGCACAUCUGUCCCAUUAGGAUAUGCAUGAACUGUGCCUACAUUUGCAGUAAAUGCCUCUUUUUGUGGAGUCAUAAUGAAGAUGGUGCAAAUGUAGAAAAACCCUGAAUUGUAUGCUCAUUUCUCUGCUGGUGGGACCCCAGCAGAAUCCUCAUCUGCCUGUUUUGUGUCUGCUCGAGUAAGGGGCAUAUAAUGAAGGAACUGGAGAAGUAGGAGUAGUGGAUGUAAUGAAACUUGCUGUCUUUAUGAAGACGUCCUACUUGCCAAUAAGGAAUGUCAUUAUGGGACAGGAUAACAGUUCUGAAUUGCACCAGACACUGCAAGUGUUCUUCCAAGCAGUGCCUCUGAACAAAGGGCCAAGUCCCCAAAUAGUUAAAUGUGAGGGGCUGUUGAUCCAUUCUAGGGCAGCUGUUUUCAGGCAGAAGGCCCCAGGCUCAGUCCUUGGCAUCUUCCUUGAAAGGGUUUCAAAUAGGGGACUGCCUGAGACCUCGGAGAGCCACUGCCACCGGCUGGACUAGAUGGACAAGUGGUGUUUUCUUUGUUCAUACACAAUGCUUAAGUGUUCUUUGUUCAUACACAAUGCUUAAGUGUCGUGUUGUGGCACUUCUUAUCAGUUUGCAAUGUAUAAGUUCGCUAUUUCCUUGUACAGUAUCUCAUCUCAGCACUAGAGGGCAAUAAAGACAGUACUUCCAAGUAA